GGAGGGGAGCUGGUGAGGAGAAGCGGAGGAUCCGAGCGGACCGCAGCUUGCUGUUGCAGCGGCUGAAGGGGGGACAGACACACCAGCCGGACACGGUCCCUCUAACACACACACACACACACACACACUCAGUCACACUCACACACACACUCCUCAUCAUCAUCAUCUACCAGCAGCAUCCACAUUGACGGAGGAGGAGGAAGCCGGUUUGCAGCAAUCGUUUCUGCUUGAAAAACAUUUCCGAGACCACAGAGUGGCGACAGACAGAGAGAAGAGGCUGCAUCAGACGUGAAGUAGAGCAUUUAAUUUACUGAUGAUCGACCAAUAAAAUUCCAGGUUAAAACCACCUUCUGAGGACAGACAGGAUCCGAGGUUUAAAUCCACACUGAGUGGAGAUAUAACUGGCCUGAAUCCAGCAGCGAGCCGUGUGGAUUCCGCCAUCUUCACCCUGUUGACCACCCUGACUCUGCCGUUGAACCUGGGGAAAAGGUUUUUAUCGUGACACCAACACGCCCAAACAUGGACGGAAACAGGAAGUGGGUGCCAGGCUUCGAAGCCGUGCUAUUGAUUCUCCUGAGUCACACGGCUGUAGCGCUCGAAGUGCCUCUUGAUCCUAAAGUACUGGAAGGAUUGCCCCAGCCCCCGACUAUAACACUACAAUCCCCAAAGGAUUACAUCUUUGAUCCGCGGGAGAACAUCGUCAUCCACUGUGAGGCCAAGGGGAAGCCUCAGCCCAGCUUUUCAUGGACGAGAAACGGGAGCCACUUUGAUGUAGAGAAAGACUCCAAAGUCUUAAUGAAGCCCGGUUCGGGAACUCUGGUCAUUGACAUCAGCCAGGAGAAGGCCGAAGCGUAUGAGGGAACGUACCAGUGCACAGCUCACAACGAGCACGGCACCGCUGUGUCCAAUAACAUCAUCAUCCGACAGUCCAGGUCCCCCUUAUGGUCGAAGGAGAGAAAUGAGGCCAUCGUGGUGCAGAUGGGGGUCUCCCUCGUGCUGCAGUGCCGACCCCCUGCAGGGUUACCUCCUCCUGUCAUCUUCUGGAUGGAUAACAAUUUUCAGAGGCUGCCCCUGGAUAAACGAGUGUCCCAGGCCCUGAAUGGAGACUUGUACUUUUCCAAUGUCCUCCCAGAAGACACCAGGAGUGACUACAUUUGUUACGCUCGUUUCCCCCAUACGCAGACCAUCCAGCAGAAACAGCCCAUUUCAGUCACUGUGCUGGACAUGGAAACCAUAAAUGCGACUGUGGCUGCUUUAUACAAUAUCACUGAUUUCUAUAGUGGCAGCCCAGAGGGGGAGCGUCGCCCUGGUUUUAUGCUGCCUCUUGGCACCACCAGCACCCAGAUGGUUCUGAGAGGAGAGACUCUGGAGCUAGAAUGCAUCGCUGAUGGCUUGCCCACUCCGGAUAUCUCCUGGCAGAAGGAUGGAGGUGAGUUGCCAAGCAGCAGGACGUCUUUUCACAACUUUAAGAAGACGCUGAAGAUUUCUGACGUGAAUGAAGCUGAUGGUGGUGCUUACCGUUGUACGGCUACAAACAAUCUGGGAACUGUGCACCACAUCAUAAAGGUCACGGUGAAUGCUGCUCCAUUCUGGGUCAGCGCUCCCCGGAACCUGAUCCUCGCUCCGAAUGAAACUGGCAUCUUGACGUGUCGAGUUAGCGGAGAACCCAAACCACAGAUUAGCUGGUUUGUCAAUGGAGUUCCCAUAGAGAAUGCUCCGGAAGACCACAGUCGCAAAGUGGACGACGACACUGUGAUCCUCAGCAGCGUGCAGUCAGGGUCCAGCGCUGUCUACCAGUGUAAUGCGUCCAAUGCGUUUGGCUACCUGAUGGCUAAUGCUUUUGUCAGUGUUCUUGCUGAACCUCCAAGGGUUCUCACUCCACCCAACAGAGUGUACCAGGUCAUCACCAACAGCCCUGCUUUACUGCACUGUGCCUCCUUUGGCUCUCCAAUACCAACAAUCACAUGGUUCAAAGACAGUCAGAUCAGCAUCAAGAAUAGUGACCCAUACGUCAUCCAUGAGGAUGGUACACUGGAAAUCCAUGUGGCCCAGCCGCUGAAUAGCGGAAAGUACACCUGCAUUGCCACCAACAACCUGGGGAUCAAGGAGAACCACGUCUUCCUGGAGGUUAAAGAGCCCACUCGUAUCCUGAAGCAGCCGGAGUACAAGGUGGUGCAGAGAGGAUUGAGCGCCGUGUUUGAAUGUAAAGUCAAACACGACCCUUCUCUUGUUCCCACCAUGACCUGGCUCAAAGACAAAGGAGAGCUGCCAGACGACGAGAGGUUUGAGGUGGACACGGACAGUCUGAUCAUCAAAGACGUGACCGAUGAGGACGAGGGAACUUACACCUGCAUCAUGAACACAACCCUGGAUCAGGACUCAGCCAGCGCCAUGCUGACUGUUGUCGAGGCGACUCCUACUCCGGCAAUUGUCUACGAGAAACCUGACUCUCCAGCUGACCUGGAACUGACUGACCAAACAGAGAGGACCGUUCAGCUCACCUGGACCCCAGGAGACGAACACAACAGUCCCACACAGAAGUUUUUGAUCCAAUACGAGGAUCUGCUCCACGAACCUGGAGUUUGGAUCAACCUGACAGAAGUUGCCGGAACCAGCACCACGGCUCAGUUAAACCUCUCUCCGUACGUCUACUACUCUUUCAGAGUGCGGGCUCUGAAUAAUGUCGGCUACAGUGAGCCCAGCCAGCCCUCACGGCAGUACAGAACCAACCCUGCUGCUCCUGAUGAAAACCCAUCAGAUGUUCAUGGAGUGGGAUUGGAGCCAGGCAACCUGGUCAUCUCCUGGACACCGCUGACAGGAUUCCAGUCCAAUGGGCCCGGUCUGGAGUACAAAGUGCAGUGGAGACAGAAGGACAUAGAAGAAAACUGGUCAUCAAAGAACGUGGCCAACGUUUCUCAGUUUGUUGUCUCUGGAACUCCGACCUACGUGCCCUACGAGAUUAAAGUCCAGGCUCUAAAUGAUUACGGCAGCGGACCUGACCCUGAAGUCGUGAUUGGGUACUCUGGAGAAGACUUGCCUUUGUCUGCUCCUGAUAGUGUUCGUGUGAUGGUUCACAGCAGCACACUCGCAGAAGUGCACUGGGAGCCUGUAGCUUUCCCCUCAGUCCGAGGAAAACUACAGGGAUACAAGGUAUACUACUGUCGCGAGCGUGGCUUACAGGAGACAGAAAAGGAGACCAAGCAGGAGGAGCAGGUUUUAUCUUUCAGUGGGAACCGUAGUGAGGGACGUCUGCCAGGCCUCCAGCCUUACAGCGUCUACAGCCUCUUCGUCAAGGUCCUUAACAGCAAAGGGGAAGGGCCCCCCAGCCCUAGCAAGACUUUUGAGACACCAGAGGGAGUUCCAGAGCAACCUUCUUUUCUGAAUGUGGUCAACCAUGGUAUGGACUCCCUCACUCUGGAAUGGGGUCCACCAACGAACAACAAUGGUCGCCUCGCUGGAUACACACUCAAAUACCAACCAGUCAACUACACUAGUGAACUGGGACCAGUAAAGGUCAUGACCUUCCUUGCAAAUGAAACCACCAUUACCCUGGGCAACCUGAACGCCAGCAUGCUCUACAAGUUUUACCUAAGUGCAAGAACAAUCAAGGGUCCCGGCCCCGACAUCACACAAGAGGCCUCCACAGCCAUGGACACAACUCGUACUCAGCCCACUGUAGAGACGGGCAAAGGCCCCACAGAGCCCCCUCACCCAACUUCCCCCAUCACUCAGUCUCUGCAUUCCCCGUUUCACAAGGUGCCUCCUGUAGGCCCUGCAUUCGGUACAGUUAACACAUCUGUAUCAGAGGACGGUGCAGUGAUCACUUGGGAAUACUUUGGACACCAUAAAAAUGUUUAUGUGGAGUAUAUUGUAGAAAACAGUAAAGAGGACUGGAAAAAGGAGAUGGUAAAUGGUUCACACUCGCAUAUGAUAAAAGGUUUAAAGCCGGGGAUGUCCUAUAGGGUGCGUGUGGUAGCUAAAGAUGCAGCUGACCCAACAGUCCACAGCACUGACGAAGUGUUGGUUACAGUGCCAGCUGUACCCAGCCGGCAGGUAGACAUCGCCACCCAGGGCUGGUUUAUUGGACUCAUGUGUGCCAUCGCGCUCCUCAUCCUGGUGCUUCUCAUAGUGUGCUUCAUCAAGAGAAACAAGGGAGGCAAAUAUCCAGUCAAAGAGAAAGAAGAUGCUCACCAAGACCCAGAGAUCCAGCCCAUGAAGGAGGAUGAUGGGACAUUUGGAGAGUACAGUGACACAGAGGACCACAAGCCUCUGAAGGGCAGCCGGACGCCGUCCAACGGGACGGUGCGCCGCGACGAGAGCGACGACAGCCUGGUGGACUACGGGGAGGGCGGGGACGGACAGUUCAACGAGGACGGCUCCUUCAUCGGCCAGUACAGCGGCAAGAAAGAGAAAGACACGCACGAAGGCAACGAGAGCUCGGAGGCCCCGUCGCCCGUCAACGCCAUGAACUCGUUCGUCUAACGAAGGGCCUACAGCCCUGGCUGCAACUGUUGCUACGGCCUGCAUCCUUGUCACCCUGGCAAAUGUGACCAUGGAGACCGCCUCCGUGGUGACAGUUGCUAAGGUGACAGUCGUUCUGUGGACGCCUAACUUCUACCCCCGUGGUGGCUGUCGCUCUGGUGGCCAUGGCUACCUGUCAGCAAGACUGCUGACACGUCCUCAUCUCCACUUCCCCGGCAGCCCCCCCUCCCCACAGUCACACUGUGACCUCCCAAUGAACACACACUCGACAAGACUGACACCACAACCCCCCCAUGACCGUUCAAAGAAGGUGUGAAACGAAGGAUGUGACGAGGACAAGGAGAGAGCAAGCAAUAUAGAAGAGCAGGAGGAAUGUACCAGAGAAGGGUUUUACCACUCAGACUGUGUGGCCAAAUGUGUGUGUGUGUGUGUGUGUGUGUGUGUGUGUGUGUUAGUGCCAUUUGAUCUCAAACACACUGAAUAUCCAAAUAUAUAUAUUUUAGCAAAUGAUGGGACAUGACCCAAAAGGCAGGCGAAUACACGCCCCGAUCACAAACAUCUGCAUGGAGUAAAUCAUGAUUCUAUUAAGCAUCUCACCACACUCGUGUCAGUUGUUGCAGAGGUGUUGAGGCUGUAUUUGGUGCACGCCUACAAGCAGCCGCCUUUUUUUGUUGUUUUCAGAAAGUGUUAAAUGGCGUAUGAUCAUAUAGAGGAAAAAAAGGCAGCGGUGUCCUCACACACACUGCUGUUAAGUGUGUGACUCAAAGUAGAAGCUAGCUUUUGUUUUUUUUUUUUCUUUUGAGACAGACGGACUGUUUGUACAUAUGUAAAAGAAUAAGAAAGAAAGCUAUAUUUCAAGGUCAGGUAUGUCUAUUUGUAGUCAUUGGAAAACCUGGCAAGAAAAUGCAUUGAACUCAGCGUUCGGUCACUCCGUAUCACACCAGCCAGCCAGCCAGAACUCCCACACUGAAUUCCAGUCGGCCUGAUUUUUAGCCUCAUGUUUUCUCGAGCUUGUGUUUCCGCUUUUUUUCCCAAUCUGUUUCUUUCCACCGAGCCUGUGCUUCUCGUUGGGCUCGACUGAUCCAGUGUCAUUGUCAAGUGCUUCCACCCCGAGUCGUGGCCACUGUUCGAGCCUUUUGUUUUCCAUGAUCGCGGUAUUGUGUCGGAGCUAAACACCAUUAAAUAGCAUUUCUCUCCUGUUCUGCUCUUUACACCGGCAGAAAAAUAUGUUACACUGAAAGUACACACUGUAGUUUCUGGAUAUUUUAGAUGUUGAUGAUCGAGAAAAGGUCUCAGCACGGUUUCUAGUGCCUUUGUAGAGAACAGUGACCUAGAUCCACAGAGUUCCAUCCCUCUUCAUUCAGGAGUUGGUUAAAAAAGAACGCAUUACAUAGACAAUACCACCCAACUUUACCCUAGCUGUUACAGCUGUGUGAGUAUUAAAAACUACAUUAAACGUUCAUGUAAAAUAAGCUACAGGAUUCAGGCGACAAUGAAGAUAAACUAUGUUAUAAGCUGUGUAGUCACUGAGUUGUCAGUAUGAGGAGUCCAGGGGCACUGUUUUAAAAGUGGAUUUUGAAUAUGACAGAUUUCACAGGCAUCAUAGUUGUGAGGAAUCAUUUCCAGCUGUAGAUUGUUCUGGCCUUGUUGACAAUCAUGCUAUUCAGCUACCAUUAGCUCAAGUGGUACACAAACCGUGAAAAAAAACACACACAAAAAAAGCAUCUCCCCUGAAGGAAAUAUGUGGAAUAGUAACAAAAAAAAUAUAUAGGAAACCUGAGGUCAUGAUUCAUUUCUCUCCUCGUUCUCACCUCGUUUCAUCUGGAGGAGGAACUAAACUACUGCCAACCUGCUCACCAGGUAACUGCCAAUGGGAACCAGACACACCGUGUGGGACAGACUCACUGUUACUGGUAGCUCUUAGGAAAUUAAAAGGGGGUCAGAAAAUUGAUGCUGAAUGUGGAAACAAGUAUCCGUUUUUGUGAAUGAAAAAUAUUGCUUGUUUCACUGCAAAUGGUAAACACACUGGUGACUUUGGUUUAUGCAUUUAACCUUAUAUAUGUCGUCUGAGCGCAGCACUCAGUGAGUUUUCUAUUACUGUAAAUGAAUGAAGCUUACGUGUGAAUGUUUGGGUGCAUGAGUGUGUGUGUGUGUGUGUGUGUGUGUGUGUGUGCAGCACAUGCAUGCUACUGUGUUACAGCGUGCGUGAUGUAAACUACUGCUUUCUAUUUCCAUUGACAGUCAAUAAAUCCCAUAUGUGUCAAGCAGCCUGCUCCUGCAGGAGAUACGACUUCUUUUUUUUUCUCAGAGAACAUUUCCAUGUUUUAGGUUUAUCAUAACUUGCAUCAAGUUUUUAGGUUGCAACGUGUCGGCUUUCCACAUGUAGAUAUUUCUGUUGUAUUUUGUAAAUAAUUGGCUUGAACUGAGCGUAGAGGUUGGAGAUGAGAGCUUGACCUCAGUCGGCCCUGCUGCAUUAUGGGUAGGGGGCUGGCAAAAAAAAAACAAAUGAAAAAAAGCGACAUUGCGUGAGAUGAGACUAUUUACAGUUUUCACUCUUUCAUUUUGGUGUGAAAUUUCUUUUAUUUUCUUUUUAACUCGUCAGGUGAAAUUUGCUAAGUCAAACGUUUUAGCCUAUCAGGUAUCAAAGGAGAUUAUUUAACUUGUGACUGAGCUCUUGUGACACCUGUAUUGUUUCUGUCUUUGACAGUUCAUGCACAUUUUCUGUAUUUUUUAUGAAAACGCACCCAAUUAAACAGGCCGUGUCAUUUCAAACACUCCAUGCAUCUAAUUUACAACAUCUGGUGUCUGAAUGCAUCACGCUGGAGAACUGUUGUCUUAAACUAGAUGUCGCAGGAAAAUGACACGUCCUUUUAAGUGUGUGCACUCAAAAAAAAUAACAAAAUUAAACUAAUUUUGAGCAUAUGGAACGAUGGCUGGCAUGGAUACGUAAGUGGACUGGCAGAUUGGAGUGUGAAUACCCUGGAAACAAUGUUCUAGUUACUGGUGAACAUACAGUAGGAUAUACAGUAUAUGAUAUGAUAUAAUAUGACUGGUUAAUGUUGAAGCUACACAAGAAGCAUGAAAGGCUGUCAAAAUUGUUUACUCUACAAUAUAAUAUUGCAAAAUAUUUUGUAUUUUAAAUGAAGUUUAAAAAACAAUGAAAUAAAUGUUGGUUUCAGGAUUUCAAA